UUUCUCAACGCCUCAGAAUAAUAAAUCGAAAGCGCGUGUCGAAUGUGCUGGAAGGUUGAGAUAGUGGUGUAUUGUAAGAGACAGAAACCCCAGACUAGAGGCACACAAUAUGUGUUGGCUCGCAAAAAGGAGGCAGUAUCUUUAAAAUCAUGUAAUGUGAUCGGCGAAUCGUUCAAGAUCAAGCCGUUUUAUAUAAAACUACUCGAUCGGGCACAAAAUGUCCAGACCUGGAGAAAGAAAUAAGCUAAAUGAAGAUCACGGUAGAAGACAGAGUUCAAGUUUGGCGAACGGAAUGGACAACAGCCAUCCUAUCUGCAGUUCGGGAGAGAAACGAAGUCAUCAUUGGAGAAGUUACAAGUUGAUUAUUGACCCAGCGUUGAAAAAGGGUUCGCACAAAGUGUACCGCUACGAUGGACAUCAAUUCAGCAUGCCGAGCCUUGGAAUGUCACCCGUGGACAUCGUUCGAGAUCCGAGAAUCGGUCGUCUGUGGACUAAGUACAAGGAGACUGAUCUCCCGGUUCCUAAAUUUAAGAUCGAUGAGUGUUACAUCGGCCGGGUUCCCCCGAAGGAGAUCACGUUCGCCAAACUCAAUGACAACGUCAGAGAGGGAUUCCUCACUGACAUGUGCAAGAAGUUCGGCGACAUCGAGGAGGUGGAAAUAUUGUACAAUCCGAAGAACAAAAAACAUCUCGGAAUAGCUAAAGUUGUUUUCGGAACCGUCAAGGCGGCGAAAGAUGCCGUCCAGAACUUGCACAACACGUCUGUCAUGGGAAACAUAAUCCACGUGGAGCUGGAUCCAAAAGGUGAAAAUCGCCAGAGGUACUUCCAGCGUCUGAUCAAUGGAAGUUAUACUCCGCUCACUCUUCCAGUCGGUGGAGAAGAGGCCUGUGAUGUUUCUCCCCGCAGCUUGGCUGAAGCCCUGCUGGCUUGCGAGCCCUCCAGAAGACUGUUCGAAGGCAGUUCAUCUGUAGCAGCAGGCACAGCGACACCGAGUGGCACCAACACACCCAUGUCCCUGGAUACGGCCUAUUCCAGCCUAAGGCAGGAUACGCCCCAGUCGCAGGGCACCCCGCACACCCCGCGUCCAUCAGGCACCCCGUUCUCUCAGGACUCCAGCUAUUCGAGCAGGCAGGGCACACCAGCGUUCCAAGCCAACCGUGCCGAAUCAUCAGGAGGCUACAAAUCGAGGAGACAUGAAACCAAAUUUCAGGAUGCCUACAACCGUAGACCAGAAAGGCGAUAUGUCCAUGGAUCAACGCAACGCAGUAAUGCAGAACAGCCGCCCUCUUUUAAGCAGCAUCAACCACCUGAGCCGCCAUCGCCUGCAUUCGCGCACACGCCGCCACCACCAACCAGUGCGAAUUUUAAAACUGCUUAUUCUCAAUAUCAGCCCCCAAUUCCCCAAGUGUACACAGAAGCCUCCUACCACCAACCUGUUCAGCGGGAAGUGGAUUACAGGAGACCACCUCAAGCUCCACCUCCCCCAAGCACUGAUUUUCUGCCUGUCAGAGACAGACCCACGACUCCACCAAUCCCUGAGCCUCCUCCUGCUCCAGAGACCCAACCAGCGACACCUCCGCCUUCCACACCAGAGCCUUGUCCAUCGCCUACCCUAGAGUCCGAGCGUAACAGCCUGGACUCCCGCAUAGAAAUGCUCCUGAAGCCCUUCCUGAAUGAGCGUGGAGACUCGGAUGCUGAAGUGCGGAUGGAUGGGAGCCCAAUCUCCUCCUCGUCAUCCCAGCUGUCCCCGAUCCCACCCCAGCGACCCUCGCGGCCCUCAAGCACUGGGCUGGAGGACAUCAGCCCAACUCCGCUGCCUGAUUCAGAAGAUGAUGAACCGAUCCUUGGUACUGCUUCACUGUUGGCGAACUCAAGGGGCAUGUCGCCCUCCAACAUGCACAGUAAAAGCUGUGUGGGAGAACCACGGACGCCCAUCGACAAAAUGGACACGGGUCAUCAAUCUUCAGGUGAAGACAUGGAGAUAUCUGACGAUGAGAUGCCUGGCACACCGAUCGCCAGCGGAGACUGUGCCAAAAGCAUUGUGGUCAACUCCGCAUUGUCUCCGAUGCAGACCAUCCCCAUGCCCCCGCCAGGGUUUCCCCCACUGCCCCAUGCGGCUGGCUUCCCCCUACCCCCGCACCACCUUCCGCACCAUUCAGCCGUUUCCCACCUGGCCGGCCACCACCCGAUGCUCCACCCACUGCACCCUUAUAGCAUGGUGCAUCUUUUACCAGUAGAUCUGAUUAGCUCUUUACCACAGUGGCUCCAGAUGCCCUUUCAGAUGCAGACCCAUAUGCUGAGUCGCAUGGCACAAAGCCAGCAUCCGUACCCUUACCCAUACCCUGCUCCCAGUGCCAAUCCUUCCGCCAUGCCAUUUGGGGGCCCGUAUCCACCUUUGUCGAUGGUCAGCGCUCCUGCAGACACGCUUCAUGGGCAACCCUGGCCACUACCCAGCAUGCCCCAAUUCAACCCCGCUGUUCCCCCACCUGGCUACGAGCCCCAGAAGGAAGACCCACACCAAGCCACCAUAGAUGGAGUGCUGAUGGUUAUCGUCAAAGAGCUGAAGGCCAUCAUGAAGAGAGAUCUCAACCGCAAGAUGGUGGAGGUGGUGGCCUUCAGGGCCUUUGAUGAUUGGUGGGACAAACAGGAGCUAUCGGCAAAGGCUACGCUUACACCUGUGAAAGCAGGUGAGGGCAAAGAUGAGGAGAAAGAACGGGCCAAACCCAAAGAGACUAUACCCUCGCAUUUCACCCUGGGCUUUGAGGGAAUGGGUCUCAGCAUCGGCCUGCGUGGUGCCAUUCGGUUACCGUCCUUCAAGGUUAAAAGGAAACAGCCCCCUGAACCAACGUCCACUAGUGACAACAAAAGGGUUCGCCCAUCCACACCUGUCGAUGAUGAGCUGGAAGAUGAAGAGUCAGAAAGAACGGGUCGCACGGAUGGAUCCAGAGUGGAUCCAGCUGGUUCUUCUUCCAAGCGAAGACCAGCCAGGCCUCUGGAGCUGGACAGCGAAGGCGAGGAGGAGGAGGAAACCUCCGGUAAAGAGGAGUCGUCACUUUCAGAUCAUGAAGAAGAGCCAGUAGAUGAUGCAUGUGAGAGGCUGUCCUCUGGCAAGGAUUUGGAGGAAGAGGAUGAAAAGAAGAGUGAAUCGGACUCGGGCAAGAGUGAAUUGUCUGACUCAUCAGAUGAUGAAACUUCCAGCUCAACGUGCUCCAAAUCUGGUUCUGAUUCCUCGGGGAGUGAGAGCUCAUCUGACUAUGAAUCAAGUUCAGAGGAGGAAGAGGAGGAGGAGGAAGAAGAAGAGCGAAUAGUGGGAAUGGAUGAUGAAGAGGAUGUGGAUGCACGAACCUCAUCGUCUUCAUCAACUACCUCUACUUCAUCCUCUGACGAAGAGGAGGAUGUUGAGGUAAAAGCCCCCAGUACUCCCACAGGACCACCACCAGAAGAGGAACCCAAUGAGCUAGGCAGACUGGAGGCUGUAGAUGAAACAGAGAUCGAUCACAAACCUAGUAUGGUGAGCUCAAUCAAGCCCAAAGUUGAGGAGGUGCGACCCCCUUCACCCAAAGGAUUGCCAGCUAACAAACUAGACAUUGAUCUGGAGGUGAAUAUUCCGGUGCCCAAAACUGAAGCCACUCUGGAGGAAGUCGGUAACUUGCGUCCACCCACCCCAACAGGUUCGUUUGCAGAUAGUCUUCAGGACACCCGACCAAAGAUCCCAGCAGAAGACUUCCCUAGAACCCCUGGUCGUGAAGGCCCAGUUUCUCUAGAAUCAGAGGCUGCAGUGCCUCGAUCUCUUCCUACACCCUCCAUGCACCUUCCACUUCCUCCCAGUCACGUUCCUGAACCUCAAUCCCUUCUUCCACCCCCUGAAACUUUGCCGGAUAUGCCUGUGCGUGGGCGCUUGCCUACAGAAGAGGACAUCCCACGAACACCUGGGAGAGACCUCAUGGAUAGACCGCGAGGUUUGGGCAAGUUGCAGAGCACUGAUACGGUUCCUGUCACGCCAGGUAGUGACACUCCUCUAACAGGUAACAGCUUGAGUUCGCCACAUAUUCCUGGCAGCCCUUUCUCUUACCCCGCUCAAUCCCCUGUGCUCAGCGCUGGCAUCCCUCGGACUCCAGGUCGAGACCUUACUUUCGCUCCAGCUUUCCCUGACUCUGCUGGUUUAUCUGCAGGCCUUCCUAUUCAUAGGAAGGCCUCGUCUGAGAUCUUGGAGGAGAAGCCUCUCUUUAAAGAGCCUUUACUCAGUGCCUCUCCCCAGGCCAGCCUACCUAACAAUGCUGCUGCUUCCCCAUUCCCUGGUCCUCCCCUUCCUACUGCUUCACUUCCGGAGCCAGCUUUGCCUCCCCGAGGUUCUCCUCCUGCUUCAAUAGAGAAUUCCUUUCCCGCUUCUCCAAAAGAACUUCCUAUUCCAAUGAUUGAUGUUCCUGUGCCCUUAGAUGAUACUCCAUCAAAGAAGAAACUGGGGCGGUCUAAGAAUAAAAAGGCGAUUCAAGAUUCUGAAGAACCUCCAGUUACUUUAAUAGAGGCCUCUUCACUUCCAGAACUCCCAGUCAACGACCAGUACCCAGACCAUCCUUCGAAAACCAUCAAGGAAGAAGAUGGUGAAUCCGCAGUCUCGGAGAAAGAAGAAAGCCAUGUGCCGACGAUCAUACCCAAGGUUGAGGAGACGUCAUUUUAUGUUGAGGAGCCAAUUCAGAAGACGCGGCGACAGAGACGGGGCUGGCAAGAGUUGUUGCUGUCUAUGCACUCGCCUGUCGCUUCACCCCGCCGUCCCAGCUUCAUGCCGCGCUCUGACUUUGAGGAGAUGACCAUCUUGUAUGACAUCUGGAAUGAUGGCAUUGACGAGGAGGACAUCCGAUACCUUAAAGUCACCUACGACAAGAUGCUUCAGCAGGAUAAUGCCCACGACUGGCUCAACGACACCCUCUGGGUCCACCAUCCUCCUACCAACAUGGGCAGUGCAACAGGGGUGAAGAAGAAGCGGAAAGAAGAUGGUAUACGUGAUCAUGUCACCGGCUGCGCUCGUAGCGAGGGCUACUACAAAAUCGACAAGAAAGACAAAAUGAAAUACCUGAACAGCUCACGCCUUCAGUCUGAAGAGCCGGAUGUGGACACUCAGGGAAAGAGUAUACCAGCACAGCCCCAAGUGUCCACCAGAGCAGGUUCAGAGCGGCGGUCUGAACAGCGGCGCUUGCUGUCGUCCUUCAGCUGUGACAGUGACCUCCUCAAGUUCAACCAGCUCAAGUUUCGUAAGAAGAAGAUCCGGUUCUGUAGAAGUCACAUUCAUGACUGGGGGUUGUUUGCCAUGGAGCCUAUUGCUGCUGAUGAGAUGGUCAUUGAAUAUGUUGGCCAGAAUAUCCGACAGGUUAUUGCAGACAUGCGAGAGAAGCGAUAUGAGGACGAAGGCAUCGGUAGCAGUUACAUGUUCCGUGUGGAUCACGACACCAUUAUAGACGCAACCAAAUGUGGCAACUUCGCUCGCUUCAUCAAUCACAGUUGCAAUCCAAACUGUUAUGCCAAGGUCAUCACUGUGGAGUCGCAGAAAAAGAUCGUCAUCUACUCCCGGCAGCCAAUCAAUGUUAACGAGGAGAUCACCUACGACUACAAGUUCCCCAUCGAGGACGAGAAGAUACCGUGCCUGUGUGGUGCCGAGAACUGCAGGGGAACGUUGAACUAACCCCAGCGGACCAUAGGUGAGAACUUACAAAACACGCACUGCCCCACAACAAGCCCAGACGCCACGUCUUCUGGAGCUACAGAGGAACGGUGGAUGAAACCCAACGCAUCCACUGGAUGUAUCGUGCAGCUAAGCGUCUGGGACUUCUUCUUUUUUGUACUUUUCUCAUGAUUGUUUACGAAUUACAGGUGCUCUUUCAAGCAUAAGAAAUGAGUUUUCUACCACUCUUCCAUUGACCUCAAUAGAAACGGAUUUCUAUUUUCCCCUAAAUAUGUAUGGGCGCUAAGUUUGACUGCCCAUUUGGCACAGUCUGUCUUCGAAUCUCCUUUUCUUCCACGGUUUGCUUAGGGAGAGACCUCCCGUUGAACCCCUUGAACACUUUAAGCUGCUCAAAAUAAUUCCCACACGCACAAAAAUCUAAAUUCAUUCUUCAAGUCCUUGUCCUAGAAGCUUCAGAACUCAAUGGUUUAGCAUUCAUCGUGACACUAACCAAUGCUGGGGGGAAUCGGAUCAGUUGCCUUCAGUUCACAUUCAACAAAAGCACACACACCUGCGCCGGCCACAAAACAAAUGAGUAGAAAAGAUCCACGUCUCAGGCAAAUUUACACAAAGCGAAUGAACGCACCUACAUUAUUAUUUCAGCCAGAGCGCUGUGGCGUCGGCAAAUCACUCAGACUUGACUUUCUUUUGUGUUUGCUUGUUUUUUUUAAGAAGCAAAUGCAAAUCAACACAUUAGCAACACACUACAGUUGAUGAUUACAUCCGUGCUCAUUUCAGUGUAUCUGCUGCCCCCUAGCUUUUGUGAGGUGUAACUGCAGAACGCUACUCGACUUUUUCAGAUUCCUGCUUAGUAUUAACUCUGCAUUAUCUCAACGUUUCACUGAUGUUUUUGUGUGUUUCUUGUCUAAAUAGCUAUAAACUCUUAAACCAAGUAGCAUUUUCUGGACAAGCUAAAUAUAUUGUAUUGUUUUAAGAACUAAUAUGACGAAAUUAAGCAAGUUUUUUGCCUAAAACAAGCCAAAUAACGUGCAAAUGUGGUAAGCUAAAUAAUCGUACGUCAAAAGGAAGAACAAGAUUAUUUUGCUUACCACAUUGUCAGAUUAUUUAGCUUGAUUUAAGCAAAAACUCAUUCAUUUUGAGAGGUUACGUCGUUAAACAAGACAAUAUUUUUGCGCGUCUAGAAAAUGCUUCUUGAUUUACAAAUGUUUCGAUAUCUGGACUAGAAACAGGACACGAAAUCCAAGCAGUGAGUAGAUAAACACGUAGAGAUCCGGCGUCAUGCAUAUAUCCAGUCACUGCAGAGUUUGUUUAUCAUGGAGAGAAUUUCACUAAUAUAAUGCUGCUAUUCUAACACAAAUCUCCAUCCAUUCACUUUACGAAGGCUAAAUCCCAAUUACCGUGGGUUUACGUAGUGUUAGACAUUCUCUGCGAGCACUAAAAUAAAAAAAGAUGCUCGAUUUGAAGUGAUCUAAGUGUACCUGGAGUAUUAGAAAUGUCCGAAAAAAUCAACAAUACGGUGCCAAAAGAUCCACUUUAGUCUCAGCUCCAUGGGUAAAGCUUUUUCCACUCGUCUUCUCCUGUAUGUGUGUUUGUAUGAAUGACAUAAGCUCACUGGUACUUCAGGCGGCUCUCUCGAGGUGCUCUUUGCUCAGUAUUUACAGCCUCAUUCGGCCAAAUUUCCCUCUGAAAGCAUCAGACCGUCUGAAUCUGUGCUUUUCUUUGUGAUUUUUUUUGGUCAUGUUUAUUAAUGCACUAGAGGCUUGCAACAACCCAUCAAGCCAAACGGCACUCACAAAACUCACAAGCUAUGAAUCUUGUCCUUUUUAUAAGUAAAUCACUCACAGGGUAAGGUCUCCCCCGGUUUAUGUUUUCUUUAUUUCUUUUUAAAUAUGUUUAUAUUGUACAGGAUAUGAUGGUUUGUAUAAAGGAAUGAGGCUUUUUUUAUCUUGACGGGGAGUGAUGAUGAUGAUGAUGAUGAUGCAUCGUUCUGCUUUUACGAGCGACAGACGGAGUAUUUAAAAUGACUAUUUUUCAGGGAUCAUUGUACGAAAAAAGGGGUUGAAUAGCUAAUUUAAAGAAAAUGAUGCAUCUUGUACAUAAACAGAUUUGUACUUCCUUUUUGAAAGAUUGUUUCUUGUAGAAACGUCUUUUUUUUUGGCCCAUUUUCCUUUGGAUUCUUACGUGUAAAUACUUUAACUGUGAAUAUAUAAAUAUAAAUAUAUAUAUUUUUGUUCCUGAGGAUUUGCUACAGCGUCACGGCUCGGAAAGGUCUAUCGGACGGCGAGUACACAGAGCUGGCGGCAGUAUUUUCAGCUUGUGUCAAGCUUUAUUUUUUAUUUUUUGGGUUGUAAAUUCUAUGAAAAUCUGUUUGCAGUGUCGGGGGGGGGGGAAAGCAUUAUCUUUCAGAAAUGGCAGGGGGCAUUGGUGAAAUUGACCUUUAUCCCCUGUCUAUUUAUUAUACCACAAAUGUAUGGAGAAAAAAAAUCAUGGAAAAAAUAAAGGAUUUUUUUUU